GCCCGGCUGGCUGCUGCUACCGUGAUGGAUCACGAUCCCAACCGGCUGAAUGCCAGUAUUUCCAAGCGCAUCCGCCAUGCUUGCGCAAGUUGCCGACGACGCAAGACGAAAUGCUCUGGAGAGCGUCCAGUGUGUUUUCACUGUCGGCGCAGUCGCCAGCGCUGCGUGUAUGAGCCCUACGCGAUGACCAUCGGCGAUACCAGCGCCGCACUUCCGCCGCCACCAGCUGCCCAGGACAAUAGCGCGAUUCUGCAGCGGAUUAGCAUGCUUGAGUCGCGUCUGGCCGAUCUCAGUGACCGCGCUGCUCCUCAGGCUUUAACAUCGCCGCCUAAACGGUUUGACGAUGAACAGUGCUCCCUCCCUCCUUUCCCAGUUCUGCAGUCCGUCGUCGACACAUUCUUCGUCCACGUCCACAACCGUCCGUAUUCGUGUAUCCAAGAAGCCUCGUUCCGGAGAAAACUAGAAAUGGGAAUCGUGCCCCACUGUCUACUCCUCGCCGUGCUAGCAUCGGCAAUCCGAUUUUCCACACACGAAUACUACGAAGGGAGAAAGCAGGAGGCGAUGGAAGAAUAUGCAAAACGCUCGUGGAUGUCGGUUGUCACUGAGCAUCUCACGGUCGUGGAUAACCUGACAAUGGAGGUGGUACAAACCGCGAAUCUGCUGGCUAUUGUCGAUUACACCGUCGGUCAUGUCAGUUCGGCCUGGCUGAAGGUCGGCCUCGCAGCUCGCAUAUCCCAGGACCUGCGCCUGAUGAUAGAUCCCUCCGACGCACUAUCAUCCCACGAGCAAGAGGAGCGGAGGCGGGUCUUCUGGUCAGGAUAUUUACUAGACAGGCUCAUUUCAUGCGGCAAGUCACGGCCUCUAUGCUUCCAUGACGACGACUGCCACGUCCGGCUGCCAUGUGAUGAGAAAGCACUCUACACUGGGCGAGUGCAGACAUCACAUACCCUCCACGAGCUCCUCUGUUGGGACUCAAAGAUCGAUCACGAUCAGCCUCCCAGUCCAUUUGGCCUGGUCAUCUUAAUGGCAUCCAUCUUCGGACGUUGCACCAGGUAUGUCUACAGGGAGUGCAACACUAACAAAACACCCCCAUGGGACACAAACUCGGAGUUUUCCCAGAUCAACUCGUCCUUAUUGCUAUUCGAGUCUUACUCCAGCAGCACACGGCUCUCAGCCGUUGACACGCUCCGCGACAACGACUCGGCCGAUCGGUCGGAAUCAGAACGAGUCAUUUUCGCCCAUACGCUGUUCCAUCUCUCCCACUGUUUGCUGAAUCACCCAUUUCUCUUGCGAUUGCGAUUGAAGCCGUUUGGGUCAAAAGUGCCUACCAGUUUCAGCCUGCGUGUCCUCCAUGCGGGGGCUGAACAUGCCCACCAACUGUUAGAUCUCCUUCGCGAUGCCAACGAGGCGGGCUUUCCCCUGGAGUCAUCAUUCUACUCUUACUGCAUCGUCGUCGUUGGUGGAAUACAGUCUCUUGCCUUCCACUACCAAGCCUCCCAGAAUGAUCCUCGGUCGUCAAAUACCUUGGAUUACUUCCACCAAAGCCUCAGCACACUUGAGCGACUAGCAGGGACAUGGGGACACGCAACAAACAUGACUGUUCGACUACGUGAAUUCCACGCCCAGGCUCAUGUACUCUCCUCACUCUUCGACCCCGCCUGCGUAACAGACGACCUCAACGCUGCGUCUGUGGCCGCCCUUUGGACAAUGCUCGAUUAUGGCAAGGUUGGCUCCAGAGUUAGCGACAGUCCGAAUUUCUCUGACUUGCUUCUCUUGAAUAUGCCAUCGCCGUCGUCGUGGGUUCUUGGGUCCGAUAUCUUCCAUACAACUCCACUGGGAGUGGAAGAUACAGACCUGCGUGUGCUUGAUGGGCUGGCGCCAUCUACACACUUUAGUCGUAAAGUGGACACACUUUUGGAUCCCUUACCUUCCCCCUCUUUUCCGACGGACGCCCGUCACGCGCCGUCGUUUUCGCCCCCACCAUGCUGAGUCCCAAUGUCCAACCGCGCAAAAUACUGCGCGGCAAAGAAUGCUUGCCACAUCCAGUGCAGGAAAUGGUAGCUCUUUUCCAGGCCGGGAGCGUCUGAUGAGCGUAGAUAUAAUAUUUUGUCAAGAACAUCAUCAGACAUCUCACGAAACUCACGCUAGCUAUAUGCUUGAUUCAGAUCAUGUUGGCGAGAAUCAGUAAUGUGGUUCUGCAUCCUCACUUAGUAGCGGUAUGCCCCGUUUCCUUCUCCAAUCGCCUGGGUGUUACAACCAUCAACUCUCCCAAGACCACGAUCUGACGCACAGCAGCCAAUCAGUCACAAACAAAUCAGAUCAAAGGAAAUGGGCGUGGUUGAAGGUCGGCUGGACCGUACUUCCGGGUGGCACCACCCUUGAGGCGAUAAAUUCGAAGCUAUUCAGACUCCUAUACGACAUCGCCUUGAGUAUCUAUCCAAGAAGGUAGUCUAGGGCCUUCCUUAUCCACCUGGCUAUGUUCUAUACUAGGCAGGUCCUCUAUAUCUCACUGUUGUGGUGGUUUUAUUGCAUCGUAAAGUUGGUGUUUUUUUUCUCGGCCAAAUACUGCAUUUUUUUUUACUAUAUUUUCUUUCGGAAUGAAGGCUUCUGGUAGUAUAGUAUAGAAAUAUACUGAUCUACACCAUAGCCACACUAGAAUAGUUACACGUAACGUAACCCACGUAUGAGCUGCGCAGCCAC